AUGUUCCAGCCUCACCCCGCGCCCUUUGGCCCGACAUCGUCGUCCUGCUUCGCGGCGUCGCCGUAUGGCCUCGCGCUGGGCUUUGGCAUCCCGCCUCCACCACCGCCGCAGCCGCCACCACCGCCGACGCAGUCAUCGCUCGUGCCAGUCCCCGUUCCCGCGGCGGCCGCCAGACGAGCUGGGGACAUUGGCGCUGGAGGAGUAGUGACGGCUCGCCCAGCUUCUGCGUCUGCGUCUGCGUCUGCAUCUGCGCCUGGAUCUGGAGCCGGAGCUCCUCCAAUAGAGGUGGGUGCGGGAGCGGGAGCGGGAGCGGCAGCUGGGGCAGUUGGCCACACGGACCUCCAGCUGCUGCGCUACCCGCCACACGACGGCGCCAGCGCCAACGCCGGCGCCAGCAAUAGCAGCAGCAACAGCACCACCUGCGCUGCCGCCGCCGCCCACGCCGCCGCCGCCUCCACUGCAGCCUCCAUCCCCACCACCACCUCCUCCAGCCAGGGCGCUGGCGCCGGCAACCACAGCGCCGGCACCGCCAGCGACGGCACGGGCUGCUCCAGCUCGCGCUCCGUCAGCGAUAGUGGCUCCAGCCCCAUCGACCUCAUCACCCUCGACAGCAGCCGCAUCCGCAUUCGCAUCACGCUCAGCAGCCGCUCUUCCCGCACACGGACACCCACUCUCACGCGCACGCGCUCGCCCACGCCCAGCAUCCCCAGCUCCAGAGACUCGACCAGCUCCACCAGCUCCCGCAGCUACAUCAUCAACGUCAGACCCGCCAUUCUCAGCGUCAACUUCACCCCCAGCAUCACCACCACCAUCAGCGGAACCAGCAUCAGCAUCGCCAUCAGCAUCAGCAUCAGCACAGCCAGCAUCCCCUUCUACGGCGCCGUGGUCAUGGAUGAGCAGGGCAGCCACGGCCUGGCCGCCCAGCAAGAGGCCGCAAAGGACUACCAGCCGGUCCUCGAGGGCCCUCUCGUCGGCGACAAGACGCCUAGCGACGCCAUCACCCACGAGUACGCCAAGGCUGAUGCCGUCUACGUCGACAAGACAGUGGCACUCCCUCAGACAUACUCGCACUACCGGCCAAUCCAGGGCGAUGGCAACUGUGGCUGGCGAGCCAUUGGCUUCUCGUACCUCGAGAAGCUCGUCGAGGCCGGCGACCAGGACAGGAUGGAGGGCGAGGUGGCCCGCCUCAUGAGUCUCAACCACAUGCUCUCCACCGUCGGCGGCUACAGCUACUAUGAGGACUGGGCCGACGAGAUGCUGGGCCUCGUGCGCGACCUGGCCGCCAACCUCACCGACCCGGCCGUCGCCCACGCCAUGCUGCUCCAGCGCUGGAACGAUGCCUCGGUCGAGGGCGGUCUCAUCUACUACCUACGCCUCCUGGCCGCCACCUACCUCAAGGCCAACGCCGCCACUUACGACCCUUUUGUGCCCGACGGCCAGGGGGUGCAGGCCUACUGCAGCCAGUCCGUCGAGCUUGUCAACCACGAGAUCGAGCACCUUGGCAUCGUCGCCCUCGUCAACGUCCUGUUGAAACCUGCCGGCAUCGCCCUCGAGAUUGCCUACCUCGACCGCAGCCCGGGUAGCCAGGUGAACCACCACCGCUUCACAGACGAUGACGGCGAUGACCAGGGCUCGCUGCCGGGCGCGCCCGUUGUGUACCUGCUGUACCGGCCGGACCACUAUGACAUCCUGUAUCGCGCGCCGGAGAACCCCGCGCCGGUCACGAUGCAAGUAAAUCGCGUGUCAAGCAUGUCGCAUGACGUUCAAAUCGCCAGCAACAGCGCCAGCCUCGGGGCCUUUUCAACGCUCGACUUUGGCGCGCUGUCCAUGAUCCCUGGUUUCUCUGGUGUGUCGGGCAUGUCUUCGAUGUCGAUGCCGAUGCCAGCGCCAUCGACAUCAAGCCCCGUGGAGUCGGCCUUUUCGCCGGGACCGCAGCAGAGCCCUUGGACGUCACCAUUCUCGGACGACGUGCGGAUCCAAGUUUCCCAGGCGCCGCAGCCACCGACGGUCGCGGCGCAGCCGCCGACGCCGUCGUCACCGACGUCGCCCGUCGGCCCGAGUCCGCCGAUGAUGGGGGGCUGCCUGUCCAUGGAGCAGAAGCGGCCGUCGCUGGUGCCGGGCGGGCUCGCGGCGUCGGCAGGGUACCCGAUACGGUUCAGCCCCGUGCAGCUCGAGUACGACGAGUCGAACAGUGGGUUCCGGGAAUCGAGCUUCCAGGUCAAGACGAGCACGUUCAAGAACAGCGUGUGGAACCGGGCGCACUACGGGAACCCGGACUUCCAUCCGGAGGAGUGGAGCCCGGAGGACGACGGUGAGAUGCGGACGACCAAGAAGAAGGGCAAACGGGAGAGGGAAUGA